AUGGUUGGUAUUUAGACGAGCUCAAACUUGAGGUAAGGCAUAUGCUCUCAUCAAUUAGAAUAUAAGCUUCAGAGCUUAAAUAAUUUGAUAAAUUUAAGAUUUUCAGAUAAAAAUUUUUCAAUUGCCAGCAUCCUAUUAUAGUAAACAACUCGAUAAAGAUGUUUAAAUUGUUAUUAAUUUUUCUAAAAAUAUUUACUUGGAUUUAAAUUCAGAAAUAAAAAGUUGUAUGGUCAAUUUCCCUAAGGAAAUUUCAUAAUUAAAUCAUCGAAUCGAAGAGAGUAUUGUUUAUAAUACAUAAAGGUUUGACCAGAUUUUUUUAAAUUGCACUCUGAAGAAAGCAUCUCAAAAAUUUAAAAGAGACAACCUUGAUCCAUGUAAUGAAUAGGAAAUAAACAAAACUAAAGCAAUAAUUCAGAAUAAACAACGCUAAUGAUGAAUAUUG